AAAUUAAUGACUUACACAUGUUCACGAUAUUACUACAUACUGAAAUUUUCAAAAUGUUGCAGGUUGUGAUGCCAAACUAUUUUGUACUGUGUUUUUAGAAGCCCUUUAUAAACUCUAGAGGGCAGUGUUGUUCCGUCUCAUGUAGAUACAUUCCACUCUGAUUUGAUUGUACUGCAUGUAUAAUUAGAUUUGACAAAUUGUUUGUUUGGUAAACAGAUACUUUCUUAAAACCACAUCUACAUUCAGCAUGUGCUUCUAAUGACUCGCAAAUUGCUCCUUUCACUCUCUGUUCACACACUCAGCUCUAAGAACGGGUAAAUAUCCCCUUCCUAAAAUAGCGCUAAGUGCAUCUUUGAUGAGAGAGGUCCUCCUUCUUUUUGCAUACCAUUACUCUGAGCACAGCUGCAGCCUUUCACAGAUGGACAAAUUGCUCCCAUAACACCUCAGUACUUCCACAUAGACACACCCAAACACACACACUUCUUUGUGACUGGGCCUGCAGCCUUGACAGUGAUCUCCCUGCACAUGUGUGAAGGAGCGUCUUCAGUUACUCCCCCUGCCUCUGCACACACAUUGGUUUGAAAGGUUAUUUUGAGCUUCAAAAGUACCACUGUAACCCUGUGCUUCCAGUGAAAUAAUAGGAGGAGUCAAGAUUUUACCCUCCCAUUCUGCCCCCGUGUACCAUUCCCCAUGUCAACUGACUGGGGAUUUCCUUCUAAACAGCAGGUUCCCCAGUUCUCUACGCUGUUGCAGUAGGUUGGAUUCUCACUUUGAAACAAUGGACAACAGUCCCCUGCAGGUGUUGACUGUUCCUACUGCCCCCUACCCUGACCAGAGACCCGGCACCAACGGCCUGAGGAAAAAGGUCCGUGUGUUUCAGUCCAGGAGGAACUACCUACACAACUUCAUCCAGAGUAUCUUCUCCUCCAUUGACCUACGUGACCGCCAGGGAUCAACAGUGGUGGUGGGGGGAGACGGUCGCUUCUUCAACCGAACAGCUAUUGAGGUCAUUGUGCAGAUGGCAGCUGCCAACGGGGUGGGUCGUCUGAUCAUUGGACACCAUGGGAUAAUGUCCACACCAGCCAUCUCCUGCGUGAUCAGGAAAUACAAAGCCAUCGGUGGCAUCAUCCUCACUGCCAGCCACAACCCCGGUGGACCAGAUGGAGACUUUGGCAUUAAGUUCAAUACUGCAAAUGGAGGCCCAGCCAAGGAGGCUGUCACAAACAAGAUCUUUCAGAUCAGCAGGACCAUUGAGGAGUUUGCCAUCUGCCCUGGGCUGAAAGUGGAUCUGACAACCCUGGGCAAACAGAUGUUUGAUCUGGAGAACAAGUUCAAACCCUUCACAGUGGAAAUUGUGGACUCUGUGGAAUCCUACGCUAACUUGUUGAGGAACAUCUUUGACUUUGCUGCUCUCAAGGAGCUUCUAUCUGGUGAAAACCACAUCAAGAUAAGACUAGAUGCAAUGCAUGGAGUGGUAGGACCAUAUGUGAGGAGAAUACUCUGUGAGGAGCUCGGCUGCCCUGCCAAUUCUGCCAUCAACUGUGUCCCAUUGGAGGACUUCGGAGGUCAACACCCAGAUCCUAACCUCACUUACGCUGCAGAUCUGGUUGACAGCAUGAGAGACGGACAAUAUGAUUUUGGUGCAGCAUUUGAUGGUGAUGGGGACCGUAACAUGAUCCUUGGUAAGCACGGCUUCUUCGUCACCCCACCUGACUCUGUGGCUGUGAUCGCUGACAACAUCUUCUGCAUCCCGUACUUCCAGCAUACAGGGGUGAGAGGCUUCGCCCGCAGCAUGCCUACAAGCGCAGCCUUAGACAGAGUAGCCAAGGCAACAAAAAUAGAGUUAUAUGAAACUCCCACUGGGUGGAAGUUCUUUGGGAACCUAAUGGAUGCAGGCAGACUGUCUUUGUGUGGAGAGGAAAGCUUUGGUACAGGUGGAGACCAUAUUCGUGAGAAGGAUGGACUUUGGGCCGUGCUGGUAUGGCUGUCUAUCCUGGCCACUAGAGGGCAGAGUGUGGAGGACAUUCUUAAGGACCAUUGGCUAAAAUAUGGAAGAAACUACUUCACAAGAUAUGACUAUGAAAAUGUAGACAUAGAUGCAGCCUGUGAGAUGAUGGAGGAUUUGGAGAUUAUGAUAGCUGACAAGUCCUUCGUGAAGCAGAGAUUUGCUGUGGAAGACAAAAUCUACCAAGUGGAAAAGGCAGACAACUUUGAGUACACAGACCCAGUAGACAGCACCAUCACCAGGAACCAGGGUCUGCGGAUAAUGUUCUCUGAUGGUUCUCGAAUCAUCUACAGACUCAGUGGGACAGGUAGUGAUGGGGCAACAGUUCGAAUCUACAUAGACAGCUAUGAGAAGGAGCAAGUCUUUGAAGACACACAGGUGAUGCUGGCACCCCUGGCAACCAUUGCUCUCAAGAUUUCCCAGCUCCAUCACAGGACAGGUCGAAGUGGCCCAUCAGUCAUCACAUGAUUCCUCCCUCCAUUAUUGCUCAACUAUUGCCAUUCUUGUUUUUCUUUCCAGAUUUUUGUAUAAAUUGAGCUUCAGUUCCAAGUGUAGCUGCACAACAUGUAUAAGUUUGCAUUUUAGGCUUAAUUGUAUUCAGUGAUUCUCUCUUUACCACAUUAAACUGCUUUUUAUUUUUGGUCA